UUUUCGUCUUCUCCCACAACUCACCCGCAUUCUCCACCUCUCCACCCCUCUGCUUCGGCAUCCAUCUUACCUGUACUCCCUCUCGAUCCUCUCUACGACGUUUACGUCCCUAAACCAAGCUCUCUCCACCUCUGCAAGCCUGUCGCACGUCACCGACGACAGCAUCUCCAACCCUCGCGCAAACAGUCUCUGACUCGAUCCUCCACCCUCGACCUCACACCACCCUCUCCCGCGAUGGCUGCCCAGGCUGCUCAGCCCGCUUCCAAGUCGGCCAAGAAGAAGGCCGCCAAGGCCAUCGAGCGAACUGAAUCCCCCGCCCCCAGCGUCACCUCCGCCGUCGCCGAUAAGACCGGCGACGACACCUUCGAGUCCCCCUACAUCAAGGAGCUCCAAAAGAACAUUCGCAAUGUCAACAAGAAGAUUACCAACGCUUCCAAGACCGACGCCCUUCUAAGCCAACACGCUGACAAGUCGCUCGAUGAGCUGGUUGCCGCCAAGAUCAUCAACGCCGACCAGAAGGCCCAGAUCCUCAAGAAGCCCGCUCUGCAGGCCCAGCUCGCUCAGUUCGAGGAGCAGCUGACGCAAUACCAGAAGGUCGACGAGCAGUACCGGACACGCGCCGCCGCCGACAAGGCCGAGUGGGAGAAGGGCCUCGAGAAGGCCAAGGCCGAUGCUGUUGCUGAGGCCAAGGAGGAGGCCAGCAAGUCUCUGAACGACAACCUGCUGGUCCUGUCGCAGUUCCUGCGACUUGCUGCCUACCGCCGUGAGGAGGCUCAGGACCCCGAGUCUGACGAGAGUCAGGCUAUUGAGGGCGUCCUCCUUGCCAUCUACUCUGGCGACCAGAAUGCCGUUCAGUCCAUGCUGAAGCUUGUCAACGGUACUGAGGACCAGAUCUUCAGCGUUCCCGGAGAGCAGCUGCAGACCACUUUCUCCAAGGUCAAGUCUUUGGCUCAAGAGUAUAAGACUCCGUAUGACGAAGUCCCGGCUACCGAGGGUGAGGCUGCUCCCGCCGAGGUUGCCUCGGACCCCACUGUCGCACACGCCUCCGCCACCGAGAUCGAAGCUGGCGAUGUUUCCGCUCCCGUCGAAGCUGCUGUCCAGCCUCCUUCCAACGGUCUGGCCAAUGCCAGCGUGGCCGACGACGCUGCUAACGCCGUCGCCGAGAGCCAUUGGGACACCCCUAACCAGGAGCUGUCCGCUUCUCAGGAGUGGGUUGACGUGAAGGCUACUGAGGCUACUGAAGCCGAAGCUGCUGCCCCAGCCCCUGCUGCCAACACUCAGUCUUGGGCUGAUGACCACCCUGAACACGCCGCUGAGACCGCCGCUCCCGCCGACCCCAACGACGGAUUCCACCAGGUCCAGCGAAACCGACCUGGCAGCCACCGCGGUCGUGGUCGCGGUGACUGGCGCGGCCGAGGCGGCCACCGUGGUGAUGGCCGUGGACGAGGUCGUGGCCACCGUGGUGCCCCCCGAGGCGGCCGCCGCAACGAGGAGUCGUAA